GUUCCUUCCCUUUCCUCCUCCCCCCUUCCCUCUCUAUCUAAAUUAGAAGUUCAGAGAGCUUUUGUUGUAGCCACCAUGUUAUCUACUCUUCCAGCCAAGCUUCCCUCUGAUUCCCUCCUCCAUUUAUCCGCUUUCGACGGGGGCUUUACCCCCGGCGGCUUUACCCCGUGGGAUUGCUCGGACCUUUUUCAGGCAACCCCGUCCCCUGAACCCGUGAUAUCAACCCUAAGUUCAUCUCCAGUUCAGUCUCCCAAAACAGUGAUUUCGAGUUCUGGUUCGGAUGACGACCCGAACCGGCCGGACCGGUCCCACGCCAACGCGAAGUCAUGCCAAAAUGACGACUCGAACCGGACGGUUUCUGUGGUGGACGAGCGGAAGAGGAGGCGGAUGAUAUCGAACCGGGAGUCAGCCAGGCGGUCACGGAUGCGAAAACAAAAGCACUUAGAAAACCUACGAACCAGGUGAACCGGCUUAGGGUUGAGAACCGGGAAUUGAACAACCGGUUGAGGAUCGUUUUGUACCAUUCUCAGUGCGUACGGACAGACAACGAUAGGCUCCGAUCCGACCACGUUAUGCUCCGGCGGAAAUUGUCGGACAUACGUCGAAUUUUGGUUUUCAGUCAACUACAGCACUUUUCUUCUGCAUGGCCCUGCAAUACCAUUAUUCCAGAACAAACCCCAUAAUUAAUUACGUAAUUGAUUAGACUAUCAAUAUUCUGAGAAGCAAAAAACCUAAUCAAUUUCUCAGAAAAAACCUCAUUAAUUACGUAAUUUAUAAAAGCUGCCAAAGUGAAUGGUGGGGUUAGGUCUUAUGGUGAACGGUGAUUUUUGCGAAAAGGAAAAAAGUAGGGUUUGGAAAAUGCUGGUUUUCGUGUGGAAAACCUUUGGGGUUAUUUAUAAUAUAUUUGUAAAAAUAUAUAUUAGCCGAUUAAUGUUUUGUUUAUGGAAGCAUUUUGCUGUA